AUGAAUACUAUUAACGCCCAAGAAUAUAUUAACCAAUUAGUUGCGGAUAAGAGCCAAGCCCAAACAAUCCAUAUUUUUUUAGAGCAAGAAAAAUUAAGUGGGGAAUUAAUUAUUUCAGAUUAUCCUAAUCUAGAUACUAUCGACUUAAAAAAUCACGAAUUAACUACUUUAACCAUUAAUAAUUGUCCUAAUUUAAAGAGCGUUAAUGUGCGAGGUAAUAAAUUGAGUAAAUUAGAAAUGGUAAAUUGUGAGCAAGUUAGUGAACUGAUGGCGGGCAAUAAUGAAUUAUCCCAGUUAGAUUUAAGUACUUAUUCUAAUUUGAAAAAGUUAAUUGUUCCCGAUAAUCCUUAUUUAACCCAGAUUGUCGGCUUAAAUUUGACCUCUAUCAAUAAUGUUAAUAUCACUAAUACUUUG